CGUGGAGCUGUGCCGAUAGCCUGGAACGUUCCUGUCAACGGGCUGGGCUCUCUUUUACCGGCGGCCGAUGGGGGUGCCCAUCCCCCCAAAGGCUAGCUAUCGAGCCGUUUCUGCCGCCCCCGACUGUCUUUCGUCGUGCCGCUUCCGAGCUCAUCUCUUCGUUCUUUUCUUCUCUUUUUUGUGGUUGUGCUCAUUUUACGUUACUUCUUGUCCAGCUUUGAUUCCACCUUCUUCCACCAAGUGCCCGCCAGCUGCCCGCCAGCUGCCAGCUGUAGAUAAGCAUGCACCUGGCUCCCAAAGAGCUUGACAAGCUCGUCAUUUCACAGCUUGGUCUUCUCGCUCAGCGCCGUCUAGCACGCGGUGUCGCCCUCAAUCAUGCCGAAGCAACGGCCCUUAUUUCGAAUAAUAUUCACGAAUUGAUACGCGAUGGACGACAUACUGUUGCCGACCUGAUGGACCUUGGCUCGACCAUGCUCGGUCGCCGCCAUGUGUUGCCCUCUGUCUGUCACACCUUACAGGAAAUCCAAGUUGAAGGCACAUUUACGACUGGUACUUAUCUUGUUACUGUCCACAACCCAAUUAGCACCGACGAUGGCGAUCUAAGACGCGCACUAUAUGGCAGCUUCCUACCCGUGCCCGACAACGACGUUUUUCCACUUCCAGACGCGGAUGCCUAUCUCCCUAUAAGUAAACCAGGUGCAGUGAUUCCGGUAAAGGGCAAUGUCACUUUAAACGAAAACCGCAAAAGGAUUCGUCUUCGCGUGACUAGCAAAGGAGAUCGGCCUAUCCAAAUAGGCUCCCACUACCACUUUAUCGAAACCAACCCACAGCUUGAUUUUGACCGAGCCAAAGCCUAUGGCUUCCGCCUUGAUAUUCCUGCCGGUACAUCCGUACGAUUCGAGCCUGGUGAUACCAAAACCGUAAACAUGGUCGAGAUUGGCGGUCACAAGGUUAUUCGUGGUGGCAAUUCGCUCGCAUCUGGUGGUGUUGAAAUGUGGCGAGUAGAAAGCAUUGUCAAGAAUUUACAACAAGCUGGCUUUGCGCAUACUCCCGACCCAACCGUUGAUACCAAGGCUCUGCGCCCCUUCACUAUGGAGAGAGCUGCAUACAUUACCAUGUUUGGUCCUACAACUGGUGAUCUGGUUCGACUCAGCAAUACAGACCUCUGGGUAAAAGUGGAAAAGGAUUACACAGUAUACGGAGACGAAUGCAAGUUCGGUGGUGGCAAAACGCUACGCGAAGGAAUGGGCCAGGCAAGUGGACGCCCAGAUGCAGACAGCCUAGACAUGGUCAUCACAAACGCCCUUGUCAUCGACUGGACAGGAAUCUUCAAAGCAGAUAUUGGCAUAAAACAUGGUAUGAUUGUUGCCAUAGGCAAAGCUGGUAACCCAGAUGUCAUGGAUGGCGUAACACCAAACAUGAUUGUCGGCAGCUGCACAGACGUGGUAGCAGGCGAAGGCAAAAUUAUUACAGCAGGUGGUCUCGACACACAUAUCCAUCUUAUAUGCCCUCAGCAAGCGCAAGAGAGUCUCGCGUCUGGUGUCACCACCAUGCUUGGUGGAGGAACUGGGCCUAGCGCCGGGUCAAACGCGACUACUUGCACGCCCGGUAAGCAUUAUAUGAAACAGAUCCUUCAAGCUUGUGACCACCUGCCGGUCAAUGUUGGUGUUACUUGCAAAGGAAACGAUAGCUCACCUGUUGCCUUGCGGGAGCAGGUUACAGCUGGCGCGUGUGGACUGAAGCUUCACGAAGACUGGGGUUCGACCCCGGCGGCAAUUGACUCCUGUUUGACCGUAUGUGACGAGAUGGAUGUACAAUGCCUCAUCCACACCGAUACCCUGAAUGAAUCUGGCUUUGUAGAAUCAACAAUUGGUGCAUUCAAAGGUCGCACCAUUCAUACUUACCACACUGAAGGUGCUGGCGGCGGCCACGCCCCGGAUAUUAUCUCCGUGGUUGAGCAUCCAAACGUGCUCCCGUCAUCGACCAACCCAACACGACCAUUUACACUCAAUACCUUGGACGAGCAUCUAGAUAUGCUCAUGGUCUGCCAUCACCUGUCCAAGAAUAUCCCAGAGGAUGUUGCGUUUGCAGAGAGUCGUAUCAGAGCCGAAACAAUUGCAGCCGAGGACGUUCUACACGACUUGGGUGCUAUUAGCAUGAUGAGCUCCGACUCCCAGGCCAUGGGCCGCUGUGGUGAAGUCAUCCUCCGAACGUGGAACACAGCGCACAAGAAUAAGAUUCAACGCGGGCGGCUCAAGGAGGACGAGGGCACUGACGCCGACAACUUCCGCGUGAAGCGAUACGUGAGCAAGUACACCAUUAACCCAGCGCUCGCCCAGGGCUUCAGCCACCUCGUCGGCAGCGUCGAAGUAGGCAAACUUGCCGACCUGGUUGUCUGGGACCCAGCCUGGUUUGGAACCAAGCCGUACCUUGUCCUCAAGAGCGGUCUGAUUGCAUGGGCACAGAUGGGCGAUCCUAACGGCUCGAUUCCAACAGUACAACCUGUGAUAGGCCGCCCCAUGUUCGCAGCACAUGUCCCCGAGACAAGUGUACUCUUUGUUUCUGCCGACUCAAUUGCAUCGGGCACAAUUGCCAGCUAUGGCCUAAAGAAACGCGUUGAGGCAGUCCGUGGCUGCCGCUCAGUGAGCAAGCGUGAUAUGCGAUUCAACGACGUGAUGCCCAAGAUGCGUGUCGAUCCAGAAAGCUACGUUGUUGAAGCAGACGGCAAAGUAUGUGCUGCAGCACCAGCAGAGUCGCUACCGUUGUCGCAGCCUUGGUUCGUGUACUAGUUACUGGAGAUGAACAUAUCAUGGUGGCCGAAUGAGUUAGUUAGCAAAGCAGUAAGAGCGUAGUCUUACAUUUUACAUUAGCAUACGAUAUUAGCAUUAUCAAUAUACCACAUUCAAGUCAUUAUCAUCACAAAACGAAAAUAGGAUUCAAGGUUCAAAAGGAUAAACUCAUUGCUUUCAUUACUUUGCAAAGCGGGCUUCCGUCCAGAGCCAAAACACUUUGCUUAAAUACAACCAUCAUGACGGAACAUUUCACAGCCGUGACCCAAAAAACCCAAUCGUUCCCCUCAUGCCCAAAGGAACCAACGCAGGAUAACAUAAAAUAAGGAAUAAAACAAAACCAGAUCACUCCAAGAAAAACGGAUUUUCGCUAUUCGGGUGCGAUCACAAAAGGGCAACGAGCCUCAACUUUUCCCACCGUCUUCCCAACAACCAAUAGUCAUACAAAGUUCAAACGAUGGUGGUAUGAGCGCAUGGUCAAGCAAAGAGGAGAUGCACCAAGUAGACAAGGCAAAUCGCUCUAAAGGAGACAACAGGGCUGAAAGCUUGGCAUCAGAGCCUUUUUGGCACCCUGGUAUAUAGUGACAAAAAGCAGGCGACAAAGGGAACAAAAAAGAGCUGAGAGAGGUAAACCGACUCAACGCUUAAGCGUUCUUAGCAGCCUUCUUGCGGGGAGCGGCCUUCUUAGGCUCCUCCUUGUCAUCGCCCUUGGUGGAGCGUCUGCGCUUCUUGUCAGGGCUGGCGGCCUUGGAGGUGUCGGCAUCAGCAGCAGGAGCCUCGCUCUUGCGCUUGCGGGGGGCGGCAGCCUUCUUGGGGGUCUUGGAGGAGUCAUCGCCCUGCUGGAGCUGCUGGGCAAUGGCAUCCUGGACAGAGCCACCGGCGGAAGAGUCCUUCAGGUCAGGCAUGGGGAUGCUGAACUCCUCAGCGUACUUGAGGGCCUCCUCAUCGGACAUACCCUUGGCAGCAGCGUUGCCAGCCUUGUAAGAGUGGACACGAGCGUUGUAGAGGCGGAGGUUGUACUGAUAAGCGUUGUUCCAGCCCUGCUUCUCGCUGGGGCCCAUGUUGGCCCAGCGGCGCUGGCCCUCCUCCUGGACGGCACCCUUGGGGGCUUCCUGACCGA